CACUUCCUCCAGCGUUGUCAUCGUAGGUUUUGUUCUUCCGGCGGCGGCGGGAGAUCUUAUCGCGCACAGCGCCGAUCGGCGGCGGCGAUCGCGGCAUCGAUGGAGCCUGGCGAAUGUAGGCGGCGGUGAUAUUUCGAGAUGGAGAGGAGGGCUGUCGCUGUGUUCUUGCUCGUGUUCCUGUGCCGCGGGGUUUUUGCGAGCGUGCCUUCGGGCAUUUCCCCCAAUAUCGUCUACUCCAACACGCGCAAGACCACUCCAGGCAGCGCUUUCAAGCUAAACCUCGAUGUGGUUCUUGGCUUUCUCUUCAAGACCGUUCCUCGCAAUGACUCCGCGAGCUAUGGCUUUGGCAAGUAUCCCGACACAGUCUUUGGCUACUGCGAGUGCUACAACAUGUCCCAGGGAGAUUGCGGCCAGUGUUUCAACAUUGCCAGGGAUGGGAUCGAUGAAGCAGCUCCUCUCACCGUUGGUGCGCAGUAUUGGGUGAACAGCAGUAGCUAUAGAUGCUACCUCCGCUUCGAGAACUACAAUUUCAUCCCAGGUUAUGAGCUGCCAGGAGACUUGUCGCCCGCGGUAACUCCAGUAGCCAUCCCUCCAGAAAUCCCGGAAGCUCGCAAAGGUAGCUCCUCGAGAACAGGAGUGAUUGUGGGGGUAACUGCCGGUGCUGUAGCAGCCUUGGCUGCUGCUGUCGGGGUUUUAGUAUUUUGCUUCCGGACGAAAAGUCGUCGAAAUCGGCAUUUGGAUGAUCAGAGCUCGUCACUGCGGCAACAUGGAGAAUUUGGAGAUAGUUUUGAAGGACGAUCUCUCACUUUCGAUUAUGAGGAGCUAAAGCUUGCAACGAAGGAGUUCGGCGAGCAAAACAAGCUUGGUCAAGGAGGAUUUGGCCCAGUAUACAAGGGUGUUCUGACUGACGGAUCUGAAGUAGCAGUGAAGAAAUUGUCUCUACAUUCUAGCCAAGGAAAUCAGGAGUUUGUAAAUGAAGUUAACAUCAUCACCGGCAUCCAGCAUCGAAACCUUACCAGGCUGCGAGGCUACUCCGUCAAAGGCGAUGAAAGAUUGCUAGUCUACGAGUAUCUUCCCAACGGGAGCCUUGAUCGUGCUUUUGACAAUUCCAAUGGCAAGAUUGUCCUUGACUGGCCAACUCGAUACAAUAUUGCUAUUGGAGUUGCACGGGGACUCGCUUAUCUCCACGAGGAGUCUCAGAUACAGAUAAUUCACCGGGAUAUAAAGGCUAGCAACAUACUUCUCGACAAAGACCUGACGCCUAAGAUCUCAGACUUUGGAAUCUCGAAGCUCUUUGAUCAAGACAGGACCUCAGUGGAUACAAAAAUUGCGGGUACCUAUGGAUAUAUGGCACCAGAGUAUGCCAUGGGCGGGCGAUUAACAGUAAAAGCUGAUGUUUUCAGCUUUGGGGUGCUCCUUCUAGAGAUCAUCUGCGGGAUGAAAUGCCGGGAUCCCAGAUUAUCACCGAACUACGAUGGGAUCCUAGAAUGGUUAUGGUCGUUUCACCCAGGCGGAAAUGUGGAAGAGAUCGUGGAUAAGGAACUCUUACGAUCGAAAAAUUACUCGCAAACCGAGGCCCUGCGAUCGAUUCACAUUGCUCUGCUGUGCACGCACGAAGACGAGGCGAGUCGGCCGAGCAUGAGCGAAGUCGUGGCCAUGUUUCUUGGCUACCUCAAGCUCGCCCCUCUCCCGACAAAAUCACCCUGGUACUUUGGCCUCAGGAACCUCAAGUUGCUCGAUCACAGCAGCAACACUGGAGGAUCGAGCAACACAGCAGAGACAUUCCGGACCGAGACUUCCAGCCAGUAAAACAAAGAUCUCCGGAGCUUGCAAGCGAGAGUCUUUCAUCGUCGAGCAACUAGAUCUUUUUCUCCUCGACAAGAAUCGAGCAUCGCAACUGCCAGAUCUCUUCUCUCAUAUAUCCCAGAAAGGCAUGAGUGGAGCUAGGCCGCGCCUCUCCUCUCGCGCCUGGAGGCGGAGCUCGUACUUGGUUAGCUGCUCGCGGGGAUUGUUCUUGAGCCAGAUCUCGCCAAGAUCAAUCUUGUACUCCUUUUCCGGCGUCUCGAUCCUCCCCGCCGCAGCGCUCACGCCAGAGAUGGCAUCGUCGCGGAUCCUGUCCGGGAGCUUGUAGACGCGGUUGUCGCCAUGGGCUGGAAGCUCGACGGUGCUCACCAGGUGCUCUUGCUUCAUCCACCGCAGGAAUUGCUUCAGUUGGCGCUUGGUGCGAAUCCCCUCGGCCUGGGCGUGAUCCCACAGCUGAUGCGACGUAAGCGCGCCGCAUUCCUGGAUCGCACGGACGAUCGCCAGCGCGUACGUCUUGGCAUCGCCCUGUGAGCACCCGGGAUGAUAGAUCCUGCCCAGCUUCCCCAUUUUGCUCAAGAACCCUAAACGGAUAUUCGGAGUA